AUGGAAGACUUGAAAAUACACAAUGUCAACUUGGAAAAGUCUGAAAACCUGGAGAGACACAGGACAGAGGGCUUCAGCAGCUCCAAAACCCUGGUGGUGCGAAGGGGGGCCCCGUUCAGAGUCAGUCUGGAGCUGGAGGGCCGAGCAUUCAACCCCAAGGCCGACACUCUGAAGAUCAAAGUUAUGCUAGGCCGCCUGUAUGUGGCAAUGCCAGUCACUUUCUCCAAGAGGGUUUCUUCCUCCCAAUGGAUAGCCUACAUUGACCCACAUGGCCUGAACCUCCAGAACCCUUCCAUAUUCAUCUCCUGUCCUGCCUCCGCCCCGGUGGGCUGCUACAUAUUUCAGCUGUAUGUGUUCACACAGAACAAAAAGACGACCUGCGCCUCCAACAAAUUCAACCUGCUCUGCAAUCCCUGGUGUCGUGAGGAUGCUGUGUAUAUUCCCUUUGAGGACCAGAGAGAAGAGUACAUCCAGAACGACUCUGGCCUGCUGUUUAUAGGGACAGCUAUGAAUAUUGUGUCCAGACCAUGGGCCUUUGAUCAGUUUGAGCCCGAUAUCCUGGAGAUUUGCCUGAAUCUGCUCCAAGUCAGCCCUCAGCACAAAAGGAGCAGAAGAAUGGACUACCUGAACAGAAACAACCCCAUCUACAUCAGCCGGGUCGUGUCUGCCAUGAUCAACAGUGAAGACGACCGCGGUGUGCUGAAAGGGAAAUGGGAAGGUGACUUCAAAGAAGGAGUUAAUCCCUCCUUGUGGACUGGGAGUGGGGACAUCUUGACCCAGUGGGCGGACUCUGGUUACAAACCAGUCAAGUAUGGACAGUGCUGGGUGUUUGCAGCCGUCAUGUGCACAGUCAUGAGAGUUCUUGGCAUCCCUUGCCGUGUCGUCACAAACUUCAACUCUGCCCACGACACCAACGAAAACCUGGUGAUUGAGGAGUUUUACAGCGUAACGGGGCAGAAGAUGAACAUCAGCAAAGACAGCAUAUGGAACUUUCAUGUGUGGGUGGAAUGCUGGAUGACUCGCCCCGAUCUGGGAUCAGAAAUGGCUGGCUGGCAGGUUCUUGACCCGACCCCCCAGGAGAGGAGUGGAGGAGUGUACUGCUGUGGCCCGGCGGCAGUCAAAGCCAUCAAGGAUCGGCGUAUCGACCUGGUUUUUGACAUCCCCUUUGUCUACGCCGAGGUGAACGCCGACGUCCGCUCAAUCGUGGUGAACGAGGGUCGGGUGGUCAGCUACAGCACAGACACGGAGAAAGUGGGAGCCUUCAUCUGCACCAAAGCUGUUGGCUUCCCCAUACACCAGAACAUCACAAGAGACUACAAAUACAUCAAAAGCCCGACUCCGACACUUUCAUCGAGAAGUUCCACAAUAUCAGAGGACUCAACACCAAACAGAGACUCAACACUAAACAGAGACUGGACACUAAACAGAGACUCAACACUGAACAAAGACUCAACGCUGAACAAAGACUCAACACUAAACAGAGGCUCGUCCAAGGGCGUGGUGGUGGUCCUGAGCCUGGAUAAAGUUCCUGUUGAAGGGGAGCCCGUCCGCUUCACGGUGAAAGUCAUCAACAGGCAGAGGGUGGCCAAGAGGAUGAAAGUGCAUCUGAACGCCCAGGCUAAAAAAUACAACCACAGCCCCUCAGACACCUUCUGGGAAAGCCACGGUGCCAUACAACUGGCACCCAUGGACGUCAAGGUUAUUCGCCAGCAGAUCCUCCCAGCCGAGUAUGAGAAUGUGGAUGGUGAUGACCUGAUCAACCUUGCAGUAGUCCUGGAGGACUUGGCCAGCAAAGAGCUAUUCCUGGCCUCAGACGAGUUCAAUAUCGCCAGCCCAGAGCUCACCAUACAGGUUGCGGAUGAAGACUCCAUUGUUCUAAACAAAGAGCAGACUGCCAUAGUGACCUUCACCAACCGAUUUUCUUACCCUGUGAGUGGAGUACUGGCUGUAGUUGGGGCCGGGCUGAUUCAGGGCAAACUCCUCUUCAGGGUGCUUUCUCUGCAUCCAGGCAGCGGCUUGACGCAGCACAUCACCUUCAUCCCCAACAAGGUGGGAACAAAGAUGCUGCAGGCCAGCCUUUUACUCAAAAACAUCAACUCCACUAUCAGAGGCUUCGAGAUGGUCUCUGUCAGCAGAGCUUAAAUCCUGUUUUUGUAUGGUUUUUUUUGCUCAGGUGUCAAAUUUGGGUGUUUUUAUGUUGUAAAAAGUCAUAACUAAAGAUAGAACAUGGCAACCAGAUGGCAGCAUCAGUCUCAAAUUGAUGAACAUUCAAAUUAUUGUCAACCUUCAUG